AUGAUAGUUUAUAUAACAGUUAAUAAAACAAUUUAAUUAGAAAAAGGAAGCAAAAGAUUAUAUACUAACAUAUAUUUAAAUUCUAUUUAUAUCGCAAUUUUUUGUAGCUUUCAAAUCAAGAACAACUAAUUAUAAUUAUUCAUCUACAUUAUUAUGUUUGAAAUUGGAAAAAAAAACCAUAAAUAAUAUACAGAAAAAUAAAAGAACACUUAAAAUUAUCUUUCAGUUCUAUACGAAAGUCAUUUAGUUUUAGUAGAUAGCUUAAUAUUAUAAGUUUUUCGAUUAUGA